GGUCAGCCAUGUCAAGGAGAAAGGUUAGGGAGCCCAAGGAGGAGAAUACUACCCUUGGACCUGCUGUUCGAGAGGGCGAGUAUGUUUUCGGAGUGGCUCACAUUUUCGCUUCGUUUAACGACACAUUUAUACAUGUGACUGAUUUGUCCGGAAGGGAAACGACGGUUCGCAUCACCGGUGGUAUGAAGGUGAAAGCCGAUAGAGACGAGUCUUCCCCUUACGCUGCCAUGCUUGCAGCCCAAGAUGUUUCUCAGCGCUGCAAGGUCUUAUUGCUUAGCCUUUGACUCGAGGCGUGAUAC